AUGAACCUCAUCUACCUCCUAACCCUGACCCUCGCCUCCCUCUCCGCCGCCUCUCCCGCCGCAGAAACCGGCGCAGCAGCAGCAGGUACAGAUUCCGGCGCACAACCCCCAGCGCCGACCUCUACUGGCAGUAGUAGCAGCAGCGACAGCGACAGCAGCAGUCCUUACCAACAAUGCGCGAAGAAUAUCCUCGACGCCUGCCUCUCCCAAAUGAAACCCCAAAUGGACAAAUGUUCCGAUAAUGAUUGGUCGUGUUUGUGUACGCAGAGCAAGAAUAUGCUUACGUAUGAUACUUCCUUCCCCCCCUUCCUUCUAUAA